AUGAGUAAACGUGUGAAAUUAUUAGUCAGUCUGGCAAGAGAAAAAUAUGAGGGAAAAGUCAUGCUUAAUAUUUCAUCGCAAUGCAAGGAGUUUCAGCCAACUACAUCAAGUUCUAGUUCCCUUAAAAUAUCUAUAAUAGAAAAUGAACAAACGGAUUACUUUAUUUCAUCGAUUCAAAGUAGCGAAAGUGACUAUGAUGAUUCUGAUAAGGAUUCGAAUUUUGAGUUACCUCCUAAUAAAACAAAAACAUUAUUUCCUUUUAUUAUUCCUUCGUCCGCUUCAUCUUCAACUAGCAGUAGCUCUAGCGCAUCAAUUAAUGACAGCAGUAGUUCUAGUUCUGAUACUGAAGAUGAAAAUGUAGAUGUUUGUCAAAAUCCUGCUAUAUCUGAAGUUCAUGAGCAAGAGCCUAUCACAAAAGAGAAAAAGGGAAAAAAGAGAGUCAGAAAACCUUCGAUGUGGAAAAUAAACGUUACAAAAGUAUUAAUAAAUUCAGGCAAAGCCUACCAUUUUUCUCUAAAUCAAAGAAAUAAGUUUCAGAAAGAAAAAUUCGUUCACCCCGUGAAAACAAUUGUCGCCUGA